AUCUCAUCUCAUAUAAUUGAGUUCCAGAUUAAAAUAAUGGAGGCUGGUUUCUUCAACGACUUAAGGUUUUUGUUAGUGUUUUACAUGGUUCUAGCUUUGCUUGUGACUGUGCAUGGCCAAGGGACACGUCUAGGGUUUUACUCAACCUCUUGCCCUAGAGCUGAGUCAAUUGUGAGAUCUACUGUUCAAGCUCAUGUCAAGUCUGAUCCUUCUCUAGCUGCUGGCUUACUGAGGAUGCACUUCCAUGAUUGCUUCGUCCGAGGCUGCGACGCAUCGGUCCUUGUGGCCGGUGCAGGGACAGAGAGAACGGCCGGGGCGAACGGCGGGUUGAGGGGGUUUGAGGUCAUUGAAGAAGCCAAGACGCAGCUGGAGGCUGCAUGCCCCGGUGUUGUGUCUUGUGCUGACAUACUUGCCCUUGCUGCUCGCGAUUCUGUUGUUGUGAGUGGAGGGGUAAGAUGGGAAGUUCCUACAGGUAGAAGAGAUGGUAGAGUAUCGAAGGCUUCAGAUGUGGAUAACUUGCCGGGCCCUUCAGAUUCUGUUGAUGUUCAGAAGAAGAAGUUCGCUGAUAAGGGCCUCAACGCUCAAGACCUUGUCACUCUUGUUGGAGGGCAUACCAUCGGAACUACAGCCUGCUUGUUCUUCAGCAACAGACUCUACAACUUUGGUGGAAAUGGGGGUCCUGACCCUUCCAUCAACCCUUCCUUCCUGCCUCAGCUCCGAGCACUUUGCCCUGAGAACGGUGACGGCAUGAACCGGGUGGCGCUCGAUUUCAGAAGCCAGAACCGGUUCGACACAUCUUACUUCAAUAAUCUGAGGAAAGGACGGGGAAUUUUGCAGUCUGAUCAAGAACUGUGGAGUGAUGCUUCCACAAAGCCCUUUGUUCAGAGGUACUCGGGAAAGACUGUAUUCAAUGUGGAGUUUGGCAAAGCCAUGGUGAAAAUGAGCAACAUUGAGGUCAAAACUGGUCGUGAUGGUGAAAUAAGAAAGAAAUGUUCUGCUUUCAACUAGACCAGCUUAAGUGUGGGUUCUCUCCAAACGAAAGAAUCUUAAUUAACUUAUUUGUGUCCAAAUAAAAUAAUGGCAAAGUAAAAUGCCAAUUUAGUAUUU